GAGGAGGAACAUUUGGAUCAAUGGGAAGGACUAGCACACGGCUACCAAGCUUCUGCUUGAACCGCGUCACCACACGCGUCAGAGUCCGGUCUCCGGCGAUCGAAUCGAGGCCUCUGUCUCCCCAGGCAAGCAAGGUUAGCAGCGUGGACGAUGAGCUCACCGCUGAUGGAGCUACGAAAGAGAUGGAACACGGUAGAAGGAUCAUGAUCGUGGUGGACCGGAGCUCAGAGGCCAAGGCUGCUCUCCACUGGGCGCUCUCGCACUCUGUCCAGAGCAACGACACCGUCGUCCUCGUCGAAGUCACGAAGCCAUCGAAGCACGGCGAAAGUACUCAGAGGGAGAGACAUCCAAACGGCUAUGCGCUUCUCCAUGAUAUGAAGAGAAUUUGCCAAGCAAGGAAACCUGAGGUGCAAGUCGAGCUGUCUUUGGUCCGGGGAGAAGAGCGAGGGCCGGCGAUCGUCGGAGAAGCCAGCAAACGGGGCGUCGUCCUCCUCGUCAUGGGGCAGAGGAAUCGAUCAGUGACAUGGCGUUGGGUGAUGAUGUGGGCAGGCAGUAAGCCGGGAGGCGACGCGGUGGACUACUGCAUCCGAAACGCCACUUGCAUGGCUCUGGCCGUGAGGAGGAAGAGCAGGAGAGGCGGCGGCUACUUGAUCACCACCAAGCGCCACCGAGAUUUCUGGCUUUUAGCAUAGUGUUGGAACCGAUGCUUGUCUGUGUUCGAACGAGGUGUGGCUUGAGUGCGGUGUGUUUUGUUGGUCAUCAGAGCAUAUUAAUCUGUAUGCCAUUUGCAUGUGAAUUGUAGGUAUCAUUAAUUCUGUUGUUUUUCUCA